GGAGACCGGUUCGACUUGGCCGUUCGGACCCCAUAUGCGGUGACUUCUGGGAAAUGGUCUUCAGUUCCGGUUCUGCUAUUCCUAGACGAUUGAGUUGUAUUACGUUCUCCUUGGAAAUCCAAGAUAUCCUGGGUGAUCCUCACUUCAAGUGAUUCAAGCCAGCAACAAAGCAAUGGCUGGAGUUGGUUAUCGUGUUGAUGGCCGGAACAUCUUCUCGGAAGUAGAAGAGGCCAAUGCAAAGGGGGUGCUGUGGGUGUCCGGAAGAGAUUUAAUAGUGGAUCUGGGGACAAUGCGGCCAUUGGAUCAUGGUCGUGUCCAGGCUGCGGUGGAGGGACAGGUUAAGCUUGCUCGCAGAAGGGGUAAGAAUACCUUUGUGGCAGCAGUUAGGAAUUUCGGUCACUUGAUCCUCAGCGAUGAGUUUAUCGCGAGGGUUUUGAGUGUGCCGAAGAAGCAGAGGACCCCUGGAGGGUCAAUCUCUGAUAAGUCGAGGCGGGUGAUGGUGGUGCCCGGGACAGCAGGAGUGCCGACUCGGGUACCAUGCAUGGAAGAGUUUCCGCCCUUGUCGGUCAAGGCAGAGGUCAAAGUGGAAGGAACCUCGGUCGGAGAGGCCAUACUCAUCUCGGAUUCAGAGGGGGAAGUGGAAGGUCCGGCCGAAGUUCCUCCGGAGUCUCGGUACCAGGAGGGUGCUGAUACUGUUCGGCUCUCCUCAGGGGCUGAGGACUCCAGUAGAAUGAUGGGCAGGGAGGAAGGCAAUGGGGUGAGCGUGAUGUUGGAGUCGGCUCCGACCGGAAAAGACACAGGACUCGAUCUCUCUGAGAUGGAGGUGGAUAUUCCGGUUGGAGAGGGUCCCGGUUCGUCUUCAGUUGUGGAGGAAACUGGGGGUCAGAUAUUGGAGUGGAGGGGUGCUCCAGCUUGGGCCGGUUCUGACUUUAGAGCAGGCCCAAGUGAGGAGAUAGGUCAAGAUGGAGGGAGGUCGAGGGCGAGAGAGAGGGAAAAGGUUUCUGGGGGAUCGGAGGUCAGAGACCGAUCUAGGUCCCAGUUGACGGAAGAGUCUCCGGUGGAAGGGAGGAGGAAGGAAACUGGCAAGGAAUGUCCCAUUUGCUACAAGCGGGUCAUAUUUCGACGCAAGCAUGUAGAGGACUGUCAUUUUCCAACUGUCUUCCGAGGUCGGACAUGGGACAAGCCGCAUUUGGAUGGUGUUAGACUCUCGGGGGUCAUGUGCAUUAUCAAGAACCUGGGUUUCAGGUCUAUUGAUGAGGCCAUGAUUUAUCUCCAUCGGUUACCACUAGCCAUUCCGGCCGAUUCCUGUCUGUACGAGCGGGACAGAGAGAGGAUGGAGAGAAUAUGUCGGAGGUUCCUCUGGCAUGUUCCGGACGAGUUCCAUGUCCCACGGGUGAACUCGCGCGCUCUCCUGUUCCAUUGGAGAGUGUUAGCCGCCAUGCUGUGUCUUGGGGAUGAGAGCCUUCGGGCUAACUUCUUUGACCAAAGAUUCAAAUGGCGGGGAGGGGAUCCCGUGAAAGACUUGGAGCAGGUUCUUGGUAGGGCGGUAGUGACCCAAGUGUCUGGGACGUGUCCGCCAGAGUCGAGUGUUGAGUCUGGGAGGGUCAGGGAGGAGGUGAGAGAGGCGGAGGUAGUCCCAGAGUCUGGGAGGGUCCAGUUGGAGGUGAGAGAGGUGGCCGUUGCCCCAGAAUCUGGGAGGGUCCAGUUGGAGGUGAGAGGAGUGGCCGUAGUCCCAGAGUCUGGGAGGAUCCAGUUGGAGUGUGAUAUGGAGGUGUUGGGGAGGUUUAUUCACUGGAGGUUAAUAGGGCAUGCUGAGGGGCCUGUCCCGGAAGUGCCAGUGCAGGUGAGUGGUGGAGUUGCCGUUUUCUGCGAUCCUGCCACUUACCCAGAGGUAUACCCUUGUGCACCUGGUUUCGGGUCGGCCGUUGGGCUGCAUCCGAAAAAACCUCAUGCCAGUGUUGAAGGAGCAGUGAGAUUGGUAGAGGAGGAGUUGAGAAAGGAGGGGGUGGUGGCUCUGGGGGAAAUAGGUCUAGACUGGACCACACCUGAACAGGAAUGGCCCUUGCAGGAGCGCAUGUUUGUGGGGCUGCUGGAGCUGGCUUGUCCUAGACGGCCAGUAAUUUUGCAUCUCCGGGGGCAGGACAGAUACUCAAGUGAGGUUAGUGCCCUCGCCCUUCGGUUGAUGCGAGAAAACACCAGUCCCACACAGCGGGUGCAUCUGCACUGUUUUGGUGGUAAUCUGGAUCAGGUGCUUGGGUGGUCGACGGCUUUCCCUCGGUGCUACUUCAGCAUCGCUGGAUCAGUUGCCCAGUUCGACGAGAUACAGCGGGCAGCUGUGCGAAGGAUCCCUCUGAAUCGUCUGUUAGUAGAGACUGAUUCGCCAUACCUGCGGGUACAGCGACAGUGGCAUAACACUCCAGCUUAUGUUGGAGAAGUUGCCCGGAAAGUUGCACAGAUCCGACAGACGACCCUUGAUGAAAUUCUCCAGGCCUCGCUGGAGAAUGGAAGGUUGCUCUAUAACCUGUAA